AGGGUGCGCGCACACAUGUCCCGUCUGCACGCUGUGAUCCGCUCCUUGUAUAAGGCGGUUCAGGGCCGGGCGAGAGGAACACAAUAGCUACCACGGUGUCGAUCAAACGGCCCCCUUAUCGUUUAACGAUAGGUGGGAAAUAGAGACCACAGUGUGUUCCACAGUUACCGUUCAGAGAGCAGGACCGAAGGCGGUGCUGGCUCUUUCGGGACGACGGGAGGGCUCUCGCGGCGUGUUGUUCGGAUUCAAACAGGUGUCUCGCGCUCUCCCAUCAGCAGGUAGUGGAGCAGCAGAGAUCCGCCCGCGAGGAGGCACCACAGGUUCUUUCUGAUUUCGACGCAUUCCUCGUUGGUCGAUACAUUUUCGGGAUUUUUUGUUAUUUAUUUUUUCAUUACCUAAAACUAACGGGACAAGGAACUCAUAAUUAGGACAAAAGCAUAAGAUUAUCCAAGCGACCUAGCAUUUAACCACCUCCCAGCCCCCGACAGGUGGGAAGAGAGCUUUGGGACACCCCCCCCCCCCCCCCCACUCGCUUCUUCUCUUUCCCCAGCGGAGGAGACGAGGCGGUGACUGACAUCCCCACGGGACGGCCCGACAGACCAUUCUGUUAACAGGUGUGUGCGUGUGUGAGGGGCACACCGCACACUACCUCCUACCAGCGACUCAUUGUUCUUCAUCGAGCCCUUUGAUAGUCCCACUCACCCGCCGGUGCGCGAGAGCAGUGAUGGAGCAAGCGUUUAAUUUGAAUUUCAUUUAAAAACACGGAUGCAAAAUUUAGAACGUUUGGGUAAUUCUUUUUUUUUUUUUGGGCUUUGCUUGACGAGGAGGAUCACGACCCGAGUCGAUUGAAGAGCUCAGGGAUUUUGUGUAGGCUAACGACCAACAUUCAAAUUGGUCUCAUCUGGACCGACCAAACAAAGUAGACAUUUGUUUACGGCGGUUAGCUUUGAGCAUUUAUCAUGACGACCAGGAGACCCGCCGUGAAUCCGGCGGGGACCUCCGACAACCAGCAAAGCCAGAAUCCCAAAACCCCCAGCCCCGACAACGGUGUGUCUGUGUCUGAUGCAGCCGGGGCAGGGGUCGAGAUGUUCCAGGAAUGGUGCCUCCGGACCUACGGCGACUCCGGCAAAACCAAGACCGUCACUCGCCGUAAAUACAACAAAAUCAUCCAGACCCUGAAGCACCUCGAGGACGACCACCGAGGCUGGAUCUACCGCGAGAAGAGCACCAUCAACGCCAAAUUCAAAUUCUGGGUCAAGUCGAAGGGCUUCCAAGUGGGGUCGCUGCAGGAGGGGGUCGGCGGCUCCCCGGACAGAGCCGUGCUCUUCGUGCCCAUCAAGGCUACGUGUAUAGAUGGUGCACCCGGGUCAGAGCCGUCUCUGAAGCGCGUGGCCAUUGUGGAGGACUUCUUUGACAUCAUCUACGCCAUGCACGUGGACAUCACUUCAGAUCCCGGGAAGAGCCCUAAACACGCCGGCCAGAAGAAGACCUACAGAGCUAUAGCGGAGACCUAUGCGUUUCUGCCCAGGGAGGCAGUGACCCGCUUCCUGAUGAGCUGUGGAGAGUGUCAGAAGAGAAUGCACAUCACCACCACCGGUCUGGAGUCGAAAGAGAACGACCGGCCGACGUCCCUCGCUCUGGACAUGAUCGACUACAACAUGCCGCUGACCACAGCCUACCUGAAACACAUGGAGCUACAGUGUCGGAGCAACAUGGACAAGGAUGACAGCUUGCUAAGCAGUGAGGAGGAGGACGAGAUGAGUGAGUCCACGUGGCUUGCGGCCGACCCGGGGCCAGCAGACAGGAUGAGCCACAGUCCCCACCGCGCACACAGCAAAGACGAGGACGGUAGGAGGCAAACACAGACACCGCCUCGUCCUUCUGAGCCAAAGGCUGGGGCUCAUUGUUUGACUUGUAUCUUCUGAUGGGUUCUCCUCCAAUAAUUACGUUUUGGGAUAAAGCAUUCAUUUCGAUUGUGGACGAAUGAAUGUUUUGUUGAAUUUCUGUCUCGAUUUGGACCUUCCAUACAUUCCUCACCACUCACACACUCACUCACUCAGAUUGAUUCCUGCUGUAAGAAGGACCAACAGCAUCUUUGAAGAAAGUCUUACUGUACUGAGUGGUCCGUAUCCAGGCCUGUUGUGGGUGUUGUUCCUCACUCUCGUUCUGUGUGUGUGUGUCAACCGCGCCCGCGCGCGGGACAUUAAAGAACCAGGCAAGAGAUGUUCCAGCAGUUCUCUUUAACUCAUCCAUCUCUCACUCAACGUCUCGCUCACUCUCUCCCUCCCUCUCUGUUCUUUAAUGUCUCUCACUCCAUGCUGCUUUUAAUUUGUUUCCUUUUACCAUCAGGUAUAGAAACUGGAGAGGGGGAAGUGUAGGGGCUGACGGUGUGGAAGUAAAGUACAGGGAGAGCAGACUGGUUAGAGAGAGAGACAGAGAGACAGAGAGGGUGAGGGGGGAGGGAAGAGGGCUGGUGAACCAAACUGGCAUGAGGUGUGUGUGUGUGUGUGUGUGUGUGUGUGUGUGUGUGUGUGUGUGUGUGUGUGUGUGUGUGUGUGUGUGUGUGUGUGUGUGUGUGUGUGUGUGUGUGUGUCAGACACCAUAUCCGCUAACAUACGCUCAGCUGGUAGGCAGCUGGGUACCACACAGUUUAUCCACUACUACAUACCACUGAGUAUUUAUUAGAGGUAUAUAUAAAACAUGGUACAUGUUGACCACUAUCAUUACUUGGCUUCGUAGCAUACUCUAUUCUGAUUUGACAAUUAUGGUGUUCUACGAGCUGUUAUUGAUGAAUUGCAGAGCGCUGCUGUUGCUAUGGAACGAUUCUAACACUCAAUAUAAUAAUAAAAAAAAAUAAAAAAAUUGUAAUUUAUAUAUUUUGUGCAAAUUAUGGAUUUCUAGUUGCCUAAGUAGUCGUGCAGUAAGCGGGGAAAUGUCCAGCGAACCUGCGGUUAUUGCAAAUGAACCCUUUCAGGAUGAUGCAGGAACAUAUCACUGACACUGAUAAUUUAAUAGUUAUAACGGUAAAUGUAGUCAUGGUCUAAAAACAUGGCUGUUAUGGUUAGAUAACAGGGCCAAUGUAAUCGAAAAACCAACAAACAUACAUUAAUGUGGUUCAUAUAUAUCGUAGUGCAUUCUGGCCGUUUGUGGUUCUGUAGUUGUACAUUCAGGUCAUGCUGUCUGUGGUUCUAGACCAGUACAUUCAGGUCAUGCUGUCUGUGGUUCUAGAGUGCUACGUUCAGGUCAUGCUUUCUGUGGUUCCAGACCAGUACAUUCAAGCCUGUGGUUCUGGAGUGGUUCAUUCAGGUCAUGCUGUCUGUGGUUCUGGACUGGUUCAUUCAAGACAUGCUGUCUGUGGUUCUGAAGUGGUUCAUUCAAGAGACAUGCUGUCUGUGGUUCUAGAGUGCUACGUUCAGGUCAUGUUGUCUGGGGUUCCAGAACAACAGCAUUGAUCCGGGAAGCCAGGCUGUUGGCAGGGCGGUAUCAAUACUGUCUGAGCGGAAAAACCCAGGAGAUUACCACCAUCCCUCUUCUAGACUGUUAUUAUCAUACCUUCCAUGCAUAAGCAGCUGUUGUCAGUUACGGAACCAGCGCCCUGUAGUCUCACGAAUCAGACUUUUUAUUAUCCUCCGGAGUCUGAUGGUAGACCAUCUCAAAUCUGUGUGAACACGGUGCGUUCCCUUCUUUUUUGUUUCGACCAAUCGUGUCCUUGGGGGGGGGGGGGGGGGCGGGGAUUUGGAAACGACCUGACUCAGGUGUGAAACGCCGGUCUGAACCGUCAACGGGUCCAUGUCGACGAUGAGCAGGGCAGUGUGUAGGUCAGUGCUGUCCGCUAGAUUGACAGAUAGGGUAACUAACGUAAAGGGCUAGCUAGCAUAGAGCUGCCACUGUUAAUAUAUCUAUCUCAGCCCGCACAACCUUGAACAGAGCCCUGGCUGUUCGGCUGGCCGUGUGCGCGUGUGUGUGCGCGCACUUAUUAGUGAAGUAUUUAUUGAUUUUUGGAUGCCGAAAUGUGUUUCUACUUUACUAUUUCUACUUUAGGAAACUAUGAGAUGAUCCCAUUCAUGGGAAAACAGGGAUCAAUGCCAGGGUAAAAUAAUAAGUAUUAUCCUAGUCAUUUAAAAGCAUCUAUUCCGCUUAUCCAAAGCGUCCCCCUAAUCUGUUAUCUUAUACAGAACGUUAUACGUCUAGGAAAUCGACCGGCUGCAUGAAAUGGCCUCGUGCAUUUACAGUACGACAGUAGAUGUGUUCAAGAUGGGUCGCUAGUGUUCUAGAGAGUACUGCUACAGUACCACAGGCAGAGCAGUGAUACACGGAAUGAUUCACCCAUAUGUACGCAUGCGUACACACACACACGCAUACAUAGCCACAUUCACAGUCACACUCUCUCACACACACACGCAUACACAUACACACAGAGGAGCCUUUAGGUCUGUGGACCACAUGGUGUCAUGUGUUGAGAAAGUAGGACACAGGGAAAUAAACAUUCACUUUCCUCCUUUCCUCAUCCUAUGCCGCCUCUCCUCUUCUGCUGUCCUGUCCUCUCCCCUCCCCCCUGGAGGAAUGGGAGCGAUGUGUUUCAGGGUAAACGGGGUGGACAGAUGGAGGAGGGGAUAAGGGUGGAUGGAGAUAACAGUGGAAUACCCGGGGUUAAAGAGGAAGGCUCUUUUAGGGGUGGGGUCAGUGAACUAGGGUAGCUGAAUCUAGGCCAACAGAUUAACAUGUGACUUAUUUUACGCUUAAUACACAAGUUAUUCCUGGUUUGAAAUUGCCUGUACGUUUCUGUGAGUGGGGGAUGACGGGAGUGUGAUGGAAUGAAAUGAAGACGUGGCGAGUACACGUACAAUGAAAUACAAUUGGAAUGGAUUGUAUUUUGAAUACGUUGGUGGUGGGUUAGACCAAGGCCAAUUGCCUUCUAGCUGUUGGGAUGGCACUCAGAAGACGGUGACGGCCAUUGUUGUUGUCAUGUUGGGGGUUGGAGGGGUUGAACACCAUCUGAACAUAUCUGAAUAGUACUAUACUUAAUUAACACUGCUGAUUAACAACGACAUGACAAAAGAUGAGGCUAUCAUUGUCCGUUUAGUUGAUGAAUUUGCAUAGAUUUGUCAGGUGGGGGUGUAGGUUUAGAUUUUAUCUUGGUCUUUUACCUUUGUCUUGGUCGGGAUAGCUGGAAAAGUAAAAAGUGUACGUAUUUCUCUCUGCGCCAGUAAUGUCUGAUAAAGUAUAUCUUAUCAUAGUAGGCUGGACCUGUUUUUCUCACACCUUUGCAGUCAUACGACCAGUAUUUUCUGACUUGUGAUUGGCUUGUGAUUCCCCAGCGAUGAUUGAUAAAGAUGUGUUUGAACGUGUCAGCAGCGCAGCAGAGUGCAUGGGCCGAGAUCUAAGUCGGUCGUGUCAGUUGACAUGCAGGCCAUGCAGGGUCUGGUCUAAUGCAAUGGGCCCCUGUGCUGGAUCAGCAUAUUGUUGUAUGAAGAGGCGAGCGGCUAAUGCACGCUCUCUGCUCUCUGCUAACACACCUGGCAGCGGAACAAGGGAUCUCACAGCGGGAUAACCAGACUUGAAGAUCAAUGCGUCUCAUGGGGUUUUCAGGGAUGACACUUUUCCGCAUCGGAAUUUCGGCCUCCGAUCCAUUCUCAUUCACGUGCAGCCACUGAGUACAGAGAGACCAUUCAGGUUUUUCUUUGUGAGGACAUGGUUUCAAUGAAUGAGAAUCAAGUAACGAGAAUCAAGUAAAGUUAUGAUCGAUAUGUGUGCCUUUGUAACAUAAUAAUACAUGGACUGCGGGGGUUAUAAAUGCAGUAGUAUUAUAUGAUGAUGAAUUGUAUUGGUUAUAAAAGAUUGAACAAGGUAGAUGCUUCCCAAGUUGGUGCUACUGUAAACACUAAUUGGGCUUCCCAGCACUUGCUUACCCAGUCUGAACCACUUCAAGAGAGUUACACGUAACGAUAUAAAAAAUGGUCCCAUGGUAUAGACGUUAUCCUAGUAUGUUAGGCUAUGUCUCAUUAGUAUGACACACACACAAACACGCACGCAUGCGCACGCACGCGCGCGUGCGCGCCCUGUUUGAAGACGGCCUGUUGGGGCUGCAGCAGAGGUGGCAGGCCCAGCGGCCGAUGACCCGUGGUGAUAUAAGCAUGGGGCUACCUUAAUGGGAAGCCCAUUAAAAAUGUAGAGCAACAUUAACAUAUGACAUUUCCACUGUAUACACUCUGCGCGGCCCAGAGAGAGGCUCAGAGCUGUGUGUGUGUGUGUGUGUGUGCGUGCGCGCCUCCAUCAUACACGCAUGCUAAAGUGGUCGUGCUGCUUCUUUUAUAUUAUCGUACACUGUUAUCUAUUGUUGAAUGAGAGUCCGUUUUUUUCCCGCCUAGUGACUGGUCAGAACUCGUGUCCAUUGUAAAUGAAACGCACAGCGACGUGUUCCAUGUGUGUGUGAAACUUUCCUCUUACUGUCCCUCGGUUGAGAGACUUGUGUCUUUCUUAGAGGCGGGGUCGGACAGGGUUAUUGUUGGAUGUCUUAUUCGUAUUCUGCUGAGAGUUUAUCUAUCAGCGAUUGAGGAAGUACUCUGUGUGUGUGUGUGUGUGUGUGUGUGUGUGUGUGUGUGUGUGUUUAGGUCUCAGCUGUUUGUAAUCGUGUUUUGUAAGGCAUGAGGCGUACGGUAGCAUAUGGCCGUUUGCUUCUAGGUGGAUCUGUAUGCAUAUAUUUGUAUAUAUUUUCUGUGUGGAUGAAUAUGCAAGCGUCCGUCUUAUGCAGCAUAUGCAUACCACCACCAUUUGUGCAUCUCAAGUGUACCUCAUCUAUUUGCAUGUGUGUGUGUUAUGGAAGUCUGUGUGUGAGUGUCUGCCAUUAUGCUGUCUGUUAUAGACGCGUCGCAGGCUUACGGUUAUUAUUGUGGUUGCGGCGUAUCGCUGAUCAUAUUCAUCGGCUUCCAUUAGGCUUGUCAUGAAGCCACUUUACAUCACGUGUAUGCUCAAAUAUAUAUCCAUCGUCUAAUUCCUGAGCUAACAGAUUAGUUCAGAUGUUCGCUUAGGCCACCGGCGUCAAACGUAUUCAGAUAGCGGUGCAUGUCUUUGUGUAUUUUUAAGUGCGUAUUGGUCUCGGACAAGUGGUGCAUACGGUCAUUGGAUUUACCUGGAAUUCCGUGGUAUAAUACCUUGAAUAAUUCUUAUUUCCUUUGUAGUCCUUUUUAGUUGCUUUAUGAUGUCCCUCUGUGUGUGUGUCUGUCGGCCUCUCUGUCUGUCUGUCUGUCUGUCUAGGGAAGGGAAAGGCUUGCUGAGUAGGGGUCCUUUGCUGCUUAAUUAUUGACAGAACCCCCUCCAAGUGUCUCACGCACGCACGCACACACACACACACACACGCACACGCACACUUCAUGAAAAAAAAACACUAACCAUGAAACACACACACACCAUGAAAAAAACACAAACACAAUCACCAUGACACACACACACACACACACACACACACACACACACACACACACACACACACACACACACACACACACACACACACACACACA